AUGACAACGAUGAUUACACCUCCUACAAUAACAGCAUCAACCGUCAACCUGGUUUCGCAAAAAAAGGAGUUGGCUGCCGAGGAGAAGAGCAUGGUUAUGAGCACCGUGGCAGAGGGCAAGUCACGUGACAUAGCUCAUCUGGUAAAGGCACACUACAAAGGUAGAAUGGUUGAACUUAACUCAAACCCUGAGAUUCUUCUCCGUAAGAGAAAGAACGCUGAUAGACUCAGAAUCGAAAAGCAGGAGAAAGCUCGCCAGAGACAGGAAGAGCAAAAGAAGAGAAAGGCUGCAAAGAGUAAGAGAUUUGUACGUGCUGAGUCCCUUGUUGCAAAGACAUUGGCUUCCAGAAGAGAGCAGGAAAGAGUCAAGAGGGUGUCUAAAGUUGAGAGAUCAAAGCUUGUGAGUGAUGCAUCCAACACCAAAUCGUACAUCUCCAGAGUCGCUCAAGAUGGAUCAAAAUCUAAAGAGAUAUACUCUGGUAAACCAACUCUUUACUUGAUAGUCAGAACCCCAGGCCCAGUAGGUGCAAAGAUCCCUUCCAAAGUCCAGAAAGUUCUUCAACUGCUUAGAUUGAACAAGAUCAACUCUGGUGUCUUUGUGAAGCUCACAGAGACCGUGUACCCAUUGUUGAAGCUCCUUUCUCCAUACACUGUGAUAGGCCAACCUUCUCUGCAAACUGUUAGACAGUUGGUCCAGAAAAGAGCAACCGUCACAGUGAAACAAGCUAACGACGAGGAGCCAAGACAGGUUAAGUUGAACGACAACAACUUGGUUGAGGAGAAGUUGGGAGACGAAGGUAUCAUUUGUAUUGAGGACAUCAUCCACGAAAUUGUCACACUUGGCGACAACUUCAAGACUGUGACCCAUUUCCUCGAUCCAUUUGAGUUGAACAAGGACGUUGUAGGCUAUGGCCCAUUAGCCAAGUUACGCAAACUGGAGAAGCAGGAGGCAAAGAAGCAGAGAAAGACUUCGAACUCUGGUUCUGCUCCAAUCUUGGAGAUUGAUAUUGAUGACUUUGUUUCUCAACAGAAUUAGUCUCAAAUCCAGUUCAAGUCUCAUCACUACAUCUGCAUAAGAUAUGAUAAUAGAAAAUCUUCGUUUCGUUUAAAUACAU